AUGAGCAACUUGGCAUGGCCGUUGCUUUGCUGGAGGAAGAAAACUAGAGCCGCCGUGGUUCACGAGAAGGCCGUGCCUCGAAUGUGGACAGACAUAGACAUUCUAGGGAAAAAUUGUGUUGGAAAUUUGGGGCUUCUUCCCGAGCAAAAGUUCACAGCUGUGAUACGAAUGUUGGCGUAUAGGUCAUCUACUGAUCAGGUGGAUGAGAUUGCCCGGAUGAGGAAGUUCACUAUUUUGGAGAGCUUGGUGUGA